AUGGUUUCUGAGACACCUAUCACUCUUAAAGCCAUCAACACAAAGCUACCAUCUUUGAAAGCAAAGAAGGAUCGCCACACCAAGGUGAAUGGGAGAGAACGCCGUGUUCUUUUGCCACCUUUAUGUGCUGCUCGCGUCUUCCAACUCACUCAUGAGUUAGGUUACAAGACUCAUGGGGAGACCAUAGAAUGGCUUCUACGCCAGGCAGAACCUUCCAUUAUCGCCGCCACUGGCACUGGGAUAUUACCUUCUUCCAUGGUUGUAUCUGCAUCAACAUCAACCCCAUCAUUGUGUGAGGAUGAAAGCACUAUUGGUAUGCAUACAAAUCCAAUGGUUGUGUCAACAGACAAUGAGAUCGAGUCAAAAAAGGAAUUUCUACCAUUGGAUCUUGAUUCGUUGGCAAACUUUGAUGUGGAGUUUUCUGCUAAUGAGGUGGCAAUCCUGCAAUCAUUGAUCACAAAGUUGGGUUGA